CGAGACGGACGUGCGUUACCGCGGUCGCUCGCUUCCACGUGGAGGCAGAGCACCGAGCUGCUGCCGCCGAUGUGUUUUUGUUAAUUACCGCGCGCGUAGCCUUCGCGUAGUCGAGCGGCGACAUUGAAAUUAAUUAAUUUAUAUCGCGUCUCGAGUUUUCUUUCCGAAAUCGCGGUUGGACGUGUAUGAAAGUGGAAUAUUUCCGGUGGAAAAAUCGCGCCGCGCGCGCCUAACUUCAGAGUGCAGUGACACACAGUGAUUGCGCGAGCGUUCAGUGAGACUCGGGGACUCGGGUACGCGAGUGGAAUUGUAUCAGGAAUUUGGAUUACUUGAAACACGAUACAUCGCGUGGCGGAGAGGUCUACUGACUGGUGUCUUGUCGCUGCAUUGUGCCCGGGAGAACGGCGUUACCGGGGAUCGGAGCAGAAACAAGGUGACCGCCGCCGAUACGCGAAACGGGACCGGAAGUCUGGUGUCUCUCGCAGUGGCCUCGUUCUGCCGAACGGGGGGCAAAUCGGGCGGAAGUGUUUGUCGACCAGAACCGACGAUGAGCUAGCGACACCAUCAUGCGUAAGAUAAAGCAGCGCGUGUUGCACGCCUGGCCAUGGUUGUGGCUGUGGUUGUUCGCGGCCACGGCCGGCUCUCCGUCUUCCGUGCCGACGACUUUUUUGCCGUCACGCGGAGGAGUCGGGGACGGCUCGAUCAAGUCAUCGAUUGUCGCGACGACUCCGCCGUUCGAGGAUGACGCGAGUGUCGUUUCGAAGUCCGAGUUUCGUUUCACUCAACCCCUGUACAACGUCUCCAUUCCGGAGAAUUCCAUCGGUAAGACGUAUGUCCUGCCCAGCGAGAGGAUGGGCAUAAAGCUCGCGUCCGCCGACAGCGACGUCGACAUUAAGUUUCGUAUAGUGAGCGGUGAUCGCGACAAGUUCUUUAAAGCGGAGGAGCGCACCGUCGGCGAUUUUUGCUUUCUCCUCAUUCGGACUCGAACUAGUAACGUCGACGUGCUGAACCGCGAGCGCAAGGACCGAUACGUCCUCGAGGUGCGCGCCACCUUGAACGGACACGACGGUAAGAGCGGAACGAUCGCGGACGCGACGGUGGUGGUGACGAUCCUCGACACGAACGAUCUCAAUCCGCUCUUCUAUCCGAUCGAGUACGAGACCACCGUGACGGAGGACACGCCUUUGCAUCGCAGUAUACUCAGGGUAAUCGCCGAGGACGCCGAUCUCGGCAGAAACGGCGAGAUUUAUUAUAGCUUCGCCGAGGAGACCGAUCAGUUUGCCGUUCAUCCGGUCAGUGGCGUAAUAACGCUCACGAGACCACUCAGGUACGCGGAACGCGCCAUACACGAGCUAGUAGUCGUAGCGAAGGAUCGCGGCACUCUAUUUCGCAGCGUCGGCACCAGCCGCGCGAGCACCGCGAGGGUCACGAUCAGGGUGCGACAGGUGAAUCUGUACGCGCCCGAGAUCUACGUUCAUCAGCUGCCCGACAUCGUGGAGAACUCGAACGCCGACAUUUACGCGAUCGUGCGGGUUAUCGAUCGCGACGAGGGUGUGCACGGGCAAAUCGCGAGUCUCGAGAUCGUGGGCGGAGACCCGGCCGGUCACUUCAGGGUGCGCCCGGUCGGCGUGCCUCGUUCCGGCGAGUACAAUAUCGAGGUGCUUCACCUGCUCGAUCGCGAAACCGCGCUCCAAGGUUAUAAUCUCACUCUGCGCGCGAUGGACCGCGGGGUCCCGCAGAGAUAUAGCUACAAAUUCGUACCGGUGCAUCUGACCGACGUGAACGAUAACGCGCCGGUGUUCAGCCGCGAGAUUUACGAGGUCAAGGUCCCGGAAACGGCGCCCGUCAACACGCCGGUGAUCAGACUGAAGGUCACAGACGCGGACGAGGGUAGAAACGCGUUGGUCUAUCUCGAGAUAGUGGGCGGCAACGAGGGUGGCGAGUUUUACGUGAACGCCGAGACCGGUAUGCUGUACACCGCCGUCGAGCUGGAUGCGGAGAAGAAGGCCUUUUACACGCUCACGGUAUCGGCGAUCGAUCAGGGUAACGCGGGCACCAGAAAGCAAUCCUCGGCCAAGGUGAAGAUCAAUGUGGUCGAUACCAACGACAAUGAUCCGAUCUUCGAUCAGCCGGAAAUGGAGGUGUGGGUGGACGAGAACGAACCUGCCGGCACGUCCGUCGUACGAGUGACAGCGAAAGAUCGCGAUUCCGGGGAGAACGCCUACAUAUCUUACAGUAUCGACAACUUGAAGAUGGUGCCGUUCGAGAUCGAUCAUUUUUCCGGUAUCGUCAAGACGAAACAGGUGCUCGAUUACGAGACCAUGAAACGGGAGUAUCUGCUACAUGUGCGAGCGAGCGAUUGGGGUCUGCCUUAUCGGCGACAGGCGGAGAUGCAACUGCGGGUGAAGCUGCGCGACGUGAACGACAAUCGACCGCAAUUCGAGAGGAUCGACUGUAUCGGUCACGUGCCGCGAUACGUGACAAUCGGCUCCGAGAUUAUCACCGUGUCCGCGAUCGACUUCGACGCCGGGAACAUCGUCAGUUAUCGGAUAGUCUCCGGUAAUGCGGAUGGUUGCUUCGCUCUCGACUCCGCCAGCGGCGUCUUGUCGGUCGCCUGCGAUCUGUCGGACAUCAAGGCCACCGAGAGGAUCAUCAACGUUACCGCCACCGACGGCACGCAUUUCGCCGACGUCAAUCCCGUGCACAUGCAUCUCGUGAACGCCAAACGGAAUCUCGGCUCGCAAGCGAGGAUUCUCACGGACGAGACCGGCGCUUUCGAGUGCCACGACACCGGCGUCGCUCGUAGACUGACGGACGCGAUCGCUUCCGCGGAGAGGAACAACAUGCCGUCGCGGAACGACGAGUACACCCUGAUACCGAGUCGUUACGGCGAGAACGUGCACGCGCCCGAGUUCAUUGAUUUCCCGAGCGAGAUACGGGUCAACGAGUCGCUCAAGCUCGGCACGACUCUCGUGCGAAUACGCGCCCGCGAUCGCGACCUUGAUUACAACGGCAAACUCGUCUUCGUCAUCUCCAGCGGGGACCGCGAUUCCGUCUUCGGCAUCGAUCCGGACACCGGUGACCUCAACACGAUCGGUUAUCUGGAUCGCGAACGAGAGAGCGAGUAUUAUCUGAAUAUAAGCGUGUUCGAUCUCGGCAAGCCGCAAAAGUCUGCCUCGAAGAUGCUGCCGGUAAUCAUCCUCGAUGUCAACGACAACGCGCCCAGGUUCGAGAAGUCCCUGGCGAGCUUCAGGAUCUCCGAGACCGCGCUAAAUGGCACGAACGUGUGGCGCGCCAACGCCACCGAUGCCGAUCUCGGCGAUAACGCGCGUGUCACCUAUUCCCUCGUGACGGAGACCAAUGACUUUCGCGUGGAUCCCGUGACGGGUAUACUGAGCGUCUUCGGGAAGCUCGACAGGGAACGGCAAGAGAUAUACGAGCUGAGGAUUCGCGCGCGCGAUAACGGCGGCAAGGAUUCUAAUAACCCGUCUCUGUACUCGGACGCGUUGGUCAGGGUGACGGUCGACGAUGUCAACGAUAACGCGCCCACCUUCGCUCUGUCGACUUACAACGUCAAGAUUCGCGAGGACGUGCCGGUGUGGACCGUCGUAGCCGUCGUGGACGCCACCGAUCCCGACGAAGGCGCGGGCGGCGACGUGGAGUACUUUUUAUCGGACGCUAUGGAAAGCGAGGGCUUCUUCAAGGUCGACAAGAUUUCCGGAACGGUGAGAACAACUCAGAGCUUGGACUUUGAAGAGCGUCAGGCGCACACGCUGACGAUAGUCGCGCGCGAUCGCGGUGAACCGUCCUUGUCCUCCGAGACGUUGCUCGUGAUCGAAGUGAUUGACGUGAACGAGAACCUUUAUCCGCCGGUCUUCGACGACUUUGUCGUGUCCGCGAGUGUCUUCGAGAACCAACCAGUCGGCACCCUCGUCACCACGGUUCGAGCGAAGGAUGCGGAUCCACCAGGCGGAGAUUCCAAGAUUGGCUACAGCAUCCGAGGAGGCGACGGCGUCGGCAUCUUCUCCAUCGACGAGGAAGGAAACAUCAGGACCAAAGUAGUGCUCGACGUCGAGACAAAGAGGGGAUACUGGUUGACGGUGUAUGCCCAGGAUCACGGAGUGGUUCCGCUGAGCUCGAGUCUACAAGUUUACGUGGAGGUGCUGGACGAGAACGAUAACACGCCGCUGACCGAACUUCCGGUGUACUAUCCCUCCGUGGCGGAGAACUCGCCCGCCGGCGUGAGCGUCCUGCAGAUCCGCGCCUUUGAUCACGACGUCUCGCCCCAGCAAUUCGUCUUCACCAUCAGCAGCGGCAAUCCGGAGGGUUAUUUUCUCAUCAACUCCACCACCGGUCUCAUCAGCACCAGCGGCAGGAAGCUCGACCGCGAGAAUCAAGCGGAACACGUGUUGGAGGUGACAGUAAGGGACGACGGUAGACCUCCUUUAUCGUCGACCACGAGAGUCGUCAUCGAGGUUGCGGACGUCAACGAUCAUGGACCUGAAUUCGAGGCAAAAUUCUACACGGUCCAGAUUCCAGCGUCGCCGGCGACCGACAAGCCGCUCUUCCAGAAAUCGAAGAACCGCUCGCGGGAGUUCGACCUUUCGAGCGAUACGUUACUAGAGAACGGGACUUGGGAGACAUUUAGCCCCGACACCCUGUCAGGAGAUCGUAUCUUCAGGGUUCUUGCAUACGAUCAAGAUAUCGGGGAAAACGGAAGAAUCCAGUAUAGCAUCAAGGGCGGUCGAGGAAAGGGCAAGUUUAAAAUUCAUCCCAGCACGGGCAUGGUGUACUCCCAGCGUGGAUUCGAGGCUGGUCAAGAAUACGAAAUGAUGAUACGAGCGGCCGAUCACGGAGAACCCCCGCGUAGUCAUCAGACUCGAGUUUCCGUUCAAGUCGUAGAUGCACCAAAGGAAUCGGAGAACCCUCCGGCGUUCAAGACAAAUAAUCAAAGCGUGCAAGUCACGGAAAGCGAUCAGGCGGGCUUUUUGGUCGCGCUUAUGCAAGCCAGCGACAAGGAUGGGGAUUCUUUGUGGUACGAUAUUUUAGACGGCGACAAGCGCGAUGAGUUCUUCAUCGGCCGCGACAACGGAAACGUGCUGCUGGCGAAGAGGCUGGACUGGGAGACACAGAACUUUUACAAUCUCACGAUCGGUGUAACGGACGGGGUGCACACAGCGCUGACGCAGCUACUCGUUACUGUGAUCGACAUCAAUGAUCACCGGCCGGAAUUCACCGAGAGCACGUAUCACGUCGACAUUUCCGAGAAUGUCGAGGAGGGCGAGAGAAUCCUGCAGCUACACGCGACCGACGAGGACGAGGACAAAAAGGUCUUCUACAGCCUGCACGCGGCCCAGACCCAGGCCUCGCUCGAGAUCUUUCAUGUGGACUCGGUUCUGGGCUCGAUUACCCUGAAGAAACCGCUCGAUCGCGAGACGAUCGAGGAGCACGUGCUAACGGUGAUGGUUAAGGAUCAGGGCACCCCGGCCAAGCGCAAUUACGCCCGGGUGAUCGUCACCGUGCACGAUCACAACGAUCACCAGCCCGAGUUCAUCAGCGAGAUUAUUCAAGGCAAGGUGUACGAGACGUCGCCGAUCGGCACUGCAGUGGUUCAGAUGUGCGCGAUCGAUCGCGAUCGCGGCGAGAACGCCAGGAUCACCUACUCGAUUACUUCCGGCAACGUCGGCAACGCGUUCUCCAUCGAUCCGGAUCUCGGUUUCAUCCGCGUCGCGCGCGAACUCGACCUCGGCAUCUCCUCAGAAUACAUACUUCUCGUGAAAGCGAUCGAUCACGGGUCUCCCGCGUUAACCAACUCGGUACCGGUUCACGUGAUGGUGACGAUGGCCGACAACGCGCCGCCGCGAUUCACCCAGAAGGAACUGUCCGCGGAGAUAUAUGAGAAUCAGCAGCUGGGUACGUAUGUGAAGCACGUGGAGGCGAGGAGCACGUCGUCCAUGCAGUUCGAGAUUGUGCGCGGUAAUCGCGACGACACGUUUUUCGUGAAUCCAAGCACCGGCGUGAUCGUCAUCAAGAAUCAGCUGGACUACGAGAAAACCAAGUUCUACAAUCUGACGAUGUCGGCGACAAACAUGGCUGGCGCGUCGGCCAUGUGCAACGUCAUCGUUCACGUGCUCGACAGGAACGACAACGCGCCGCGAUUCCUGCAGGCGCUCUACAGCGGCGAGAUCAGCGAAGGCGCCAGUAUCGGUUCCCUCGUCCUCACCAACACCAGCGCUCCGCUGGUCAUCAAGGCCGAGGAUGCGGAUUCCGAAUUGAACGCGUUGCUCAAUUACGACAUCGUCGAGGAUCUACCGCGAAAAUACUUCCACAUAGACUCCAGCACCGGCGCCAUUCGCACGGUCAUGCUGCUCGAUCACGAGACCAUACCAAUGUUUUCGUUCCACGUGAAGGUCUCGGAUCUCGGCAAGCCGAAACUCUCGUCCGAUACCACCGCCAAGGUGAUGAUAACCGUGACGGAUGUCAACGAUUGUCCGCCCAGAUUCUCCAAGACCGAUUACAACGUCACGCUUCUGAUGCCGACGUACAAGAACGUCGCCGUCAUUCGAGUGAACGCCGUGGAUCCCGACAGCUCUGAGGGAACCGCAUUAAGAUACGACAUCAUUGACGGGAAUAAGGCUCACACAUUCAAUAUAGAUGCUCAGAGCGGUAUCAUUACGGUUAAUAAUCCGGAACGUAUGAAGAGAAGCUAUCUCCUUCACGUGCGAGUGUCAGACGGCAAGUACUCGAGCGUGGCGCAGGUGAACGUGAUGGUGGAGAAGUCGGAGAAUUCCGGUUUGAUCUUCCAGAAGAACGUCUACGAGGGUGCCAUCAUGGAGAAUUCCACGAAAAUUACGACCGUAGUGGUGGUAAAUGUUCUUGGUAGCUCGUUGAACGAGCACAUUGUCUUCAGCAUUCUUAAUCCCACCGACAUGUUCGUAAUCGGGCCGACUUCCGGCGCGAUCAGAACCACCGGCGUGCGAUUCGAUCGGGAGGUGUGUGAUCAUUAUGAAUUAAUCGUCGAGGCGAAGAGUCACCCACCGGACCGGGAGAAGCCGAGGGUGGCUCACGUUAUAGUGAACGUCACCAUACUCGACAUCAAUGAUAAUUGUCCAAUGUUUGUUAAUCUACCCUACUACGCUGUCGUGUCCGUUGAUGCUCAAAAAGGCGAAGUCAUUACAAAGGUUCACGCAGUUGACAUGGAUAGCGGCGAUAACGGUGAGGUGAGAUACGAAUUGAAGAAAGGUCACGGAGAGCUAUUCAAGGUGUGUCGAAAGACGGGUGAGAUAUCGUUGAAGCAAAAUCUCGAAGGUCACAAUCGCGAGUAUCAGCUUACAAUCGCCGCGUACGACGGCGGAAUAACGCCGUGCUCCAUUGAAGUGCCAGUCAACGUGAAGGUGAUAGAUCGCUCGAUGCCGGUAUUUGACAAGCAAUUCUACACGGAUAGCGUGUUCGAAAGUAUAGAAGUACAUUCACCUCUGGCGUUAUCCAUUCAAGCUGAGUCACCUUUGAAUCGCAAACUCAUAUACAGCAUUACUAAGGGCAAUGAUUUUGAGGAGUUUGCUCUGGAUUUCAACACGGCCCCUGACAGUAACAAUGGUCCUUGUGUAAUCUAUGUGGUGGAUGAGCUGGAUUAUGAGCAAAAGAAGCAGUACGAACUGACAGUACGCGCCACCGACAGUGUGUCAGGCGUCUACGCCGAGGUGCUCGUCAGCAUUCUCGUCCUGGACGUAAACGACUGUCCGCCUGAAUUCACGCAAGACUCUUACAACAUCUCGGUGUCGGAAGCUGCGCCGUUCGGCACCUCCGUCCUGCGAGUGACUUCGAGGGACAACGACACGGGCGUAAAUCAACAAGUCCGUUACGCCAUUCAAAACGACACGGAGAACAGCACGGAUCUCUUCCACAUCGAUCCCGACGAGGGUGUGAUAUUUCUCAAGAGAUCCUUGGACCACGAGACUCACGAGUCCCAUCAUUUCACGGUGAUCGCCAUGGAUCGUGGUAUGCCAAGUUUGUCGAGCACGGCACACGUCUGGGUAAGCGUGAUCGACAUGAACGACAAUCCGCCAAAGUUUGAGCAACCUUCGUACACCUGUUCUCUAUCGGAGCACGCCGAGCGCGGUCAAUUCGUGACGGUGGUGUCGGCCAGCGAUCCGGAUUACGUCGAUGAGAAACUGACGUAUACUAUCGUGGGCGGUAAUGAACAGCAAACCUACAACAUUGGCCAGUCGACUGGCAUCAUCUCGUUGAUAAACAUGCAGAACUUUGGCGAACAGAAACUCAGCAUGCUCAAUGUUUCCGUCACCGAUAGUGUCUAUACCAGCUUCACCCGUGUCAAGAUCGAGAUCCUGCCGGCAAACAGGCAUAAUCCAAAGUUCCCGAAUCCGGUGGUCGAGGUGACUGUUCUGGAGAACCAGCUACCUGGUAGACUGGUCACUAGCGUAAUCGCCGAGGACGAGGACUUUGGCGAGUACGGCGCGAUCACGUACGCAAUAAUGUCGGAUAUGAUGAAGGAGAUAUUCGACAUAAACAAACUCACCGGCGAAAUCGUAACUCGCAAAAAGCUCGAUCGAGAGGAGCAAAAGCGCUACGAAAUACCAGUCAUGGCGAUGGACGGUGGAGGUAGAGUCGGAUUCGUCAUGGUACGCGUCAAGGUAGGUGACGAGAACGACAAUCCACCGGUGUUCCUCCUCAGAGAGUACAAAGCGACCAUUCAAGCCAACUUGUCCAUAAAUACAUCGUUCCUAAAAGUCAAAGCGCAGGACGCGGACGAGGACGAAGCGGCCAAAAUUGUUUAUUCCAUCUACGAUUUGCAAACAUCACCAGCUAAAACUCUGUUCGGCAUAAAUCCCGACACGGGAACUCUCUAUUUACAGAAGAGCGCUAUCCCGUGGGAAAAUCAAUUGUUCGAGCUCUUCAUUCGCGCGGAAGAUAAAGGUACGACUACACAUCACGCCGAUGUACCACUCAGCAUCUAUAUAAUGGGUCCCCAAGAUAUCCCUCCUCUGUUUGAGCGAAAAGAAGAUAAAUUCUUCGUAAGGGAAGACUCUUCUGUCGGCACGCCGAUUACGAAACUCAAAACUGUCACCAACAGCACCGUGACGUAUCGCAUAGUAUCGGGUGACGAGGACAACCCGCUCUUCGCGAUUGAUUCUCACGGCCAAAUCACUUUGGCGAGACCAUUGGAUAGGGAACUGAAGGACAAUCACUUGAUCGGUAUCCUUGCCGAGACCGAUUCCAGCCCGCCACUCACGGCACUCGCGGAGAUCUCUCUUCAGGUGUUGGAUGAGAAUGAUCACGCACCAAAAUUCGAGAGUAAUCCGUACGCGAUUAGUUUGGCCGAAAAUAUCGAGGAAGGAACGUUUAUAUUAAAAGUUAUCGCACACGACAAGGAUCUCGGUAGUAAUGGCGAAGUGCGUUACUCCUUUGGAUCGGACAUAGGGGAAUUGGCAAAUGUUUUUACAGUAGACCCCUAUACCGGUUGGAUAUCGACGUUGGUGCAACUCGAUAAGGAAAAGCAACCGGAAUAUAAAUUUCAGGUUGUCGCCACUGACAAUGGAAGUCCAAAACACUUUGCGAGGACAUCGGUGCACGUCAAACUGAAGGAUUAUAACGAUAACGCCCCCGCAUUUGUCAACGAUCGUUACGAGGCCACGGUGAACGAGGACGCUCUACCGGGAACGGUUGUAGUGAAGCUGAUCACCGUUGAUAAAGAUUCGGACGUCAAUACGCCGAUAGAAUUUUAUAUAACGUCCGGUGAUCCUAGAUCGCAAUUUCAAAUCAGGUCUACCGGUGAAGUGUACGUGGCGAAAUCCUUGGACAGAGAAACCAUCGAUCGUUACGAGCUCGAGAUUAUUGGUACCGACGGAAAGUUCGUCUUUGAGACAAAAGUAACGGUGCAAGUUUUAGACGUCAAUGACAACCCGCCGUAUUGUCUACGAUAUCGUUACAGAGAGAUACUUUCCGAAGGUUCACAUCCCGGCACUUAUGUUCUGACCGUGUUAGCCACUGAUUACGACGAUGAGCCGAACGCUAAACUACGAUUCUAUUUAACCGGUGACAAUAAUGACAAGUUCUCGUUAGAUAAGGAAACAGGCGUGUUGAAAACCAAUGGACAGCUCGACCGGGAGACCCAAGCCAAAUAUUCCCUGAUGGCUCACGUGCAGGAUCGAGACAAGCCGACCUGGGAGUGCUCAUCACAAUUGGAGAUUCUCAUUUCCGAUCUCAAUGACAACGCGCCGAAAUUCACUAUGCAGACGUACAGCAGCACCUUGCCCGAGGACGUGGAAAUCGGUACGCUGGUGACGAAGGUGCACGCUACAGAUGACGACAUCGGUAUUAAUCGGAAAAUCAGAUACGAAUUUAUCGACUCGGCGGACGGUCAUUUUCUCAUCGCGGCGGACAGCGGGAUAGUCACUCUGGCUAAACCGUUGGACAGAGAGACCAAGGCCAUGUACAAUGUAACAAUUCAAGCACUAGAUCAGGGCACCCCACAGUUGAUGGGUGUCGCCUCGCUCAUUGUUAACGUGCAGGACAUCAAUGACAAUCCGCCGGAGUUCGCUUCUAAGAUUUAUUUCGCAAAAGUGCCUGAAAUUUACGCGGUCGGUACCGAGGUGGCUCGAGUACUUGCUACUUCCAAGGAUACGGGAAUUAAUGCCGAUAUAUAUUACUCGAUUGUCGGCGGCAAUGAACACAAGAAAUUCCAGAUAAACACGAAAAUGGGCGUUGUAACUAUCGCCGAACAGUUGGACUACGAACGGGCUCGCGAUUACUUCCUCACUAUUCAAGCUGUCGACGGAGGUAUUCCUCCGUUGAGUAAUCACGCCUCUGUCAACAUCACUGUUACUGACAGCAACGACAACGCGCCGAGCUUCACCGAGGUUUCAUACAGAGCUUUCGUGAGGGAAGACGCGAAAAUUGGAGACAAGGUUACACAAGUACGCGCAAACGAUUUGGACAGCGAGGAAAACGGCAAUAUAUCGUAUUUCAUAGAACGGGGUGACAGACAGAAACAGUUCUCCAUGGACAGAAAAACCGGACAAAUAACUGUUGCUGGGCCAUUAGACCGAGAAGAAGUCGCGAGCUACGUAUUGGAAGUUCAUGCGCGAGAUAAUGGCAUACCAAUGCUCUCCAGCUUCGUGAUGGUGAACAUCGAGAUUUUGGACGCGAAUGACAAUCCGCCAUUGUUCUCCAUGCCGAAUUACACCGCUAUAGUGCAGGAGGAUAAACCACUUGGCCAUACGGUUCUGCAAUUCGUGGUCACUGACGCGGAUAUCGAGCCGAAUGCUGAACCAUACACCUUUGAUUUUCGCUCUGGAAACGAGGGCGACGCUUUCCGACUGGAGCAGGACGGCACUUUGCGAACGGCUACCAAGUUCAAUAAUAGAGUGAAGGAUAAAUACGUGCUGCACGUUCGGGUAUUUGAUAAUGGCAGUCCGCCGUUGUACUCGGACGCGUGGGUCGUGAUCAAGGUAAUCGAGGAAUCGCAAUAUCCGCCGGUAAUUACACCCCUCGAGGUAAUUGUCAAUUCUUACAAGGAUGAGUAUCCCGGCGGUAUCAUCGGAAAAAUCCAUGCGACCGAUCAAGAUCAAUAUGACACCCUACUUUUUAGUUUGGUACCGUCUUUGCCGAUCCCGAAUACGAAUCUUUUCCAAAUAGACAAGAUUGACGGUACAUUGAUGGCCUUACCUAGACUCGACGUGGGCGAAUAUAGAAUAAAUGUCAGCGUGACGGAUGGUAAAUUUCACUCGUACUCUAUCGCGAAGGUCAACGUCGACCUAGUGACUGAGAAGGUGCUCGAGAAUUCGGUGAUUGUGAGAUUCCGUGAGGUCAGCCCGGAAGACUUCAUGCUGAGCCAUCGCAAGGGCUUUGUUAGAACCGUCCGCAACGCGAUGAAUUGCCGGCUCAAGGACAUCGUCAUCAUCAGCGUGCAACCAUCGAUUGAUGAGGCGAAUCUGAUCAAAUCGCGGGCGAUUCGCCAGGCGGUGCACAACGAUCUCGAUCUUCUAUUUGCCGUGAAAAAGGCAGCGAGUCCCAUAGGUUCAUUGGGCUUCUACGCUUCGGAAAGCAUACGCGAGGCACUGAAUCAACAUGUGGAAGAACUGGAGGAGUCGACGAAAUUGGUCGUCGAGGAGAUCGUUCGUUCCAAGUGCAACAAAGGCUAUUGCUUUUACGGCGAGUGCCAAGACAAGAUCACUCUCGAGUCCGCGCAAAUCACGCCCGUGUCCACCGACGUGAUGAGCUUUGUAUCACCACGACACAAACACAAAAUGGAAUGUAUUUGCAAGGAAGGCUACGCCGGCAAUCAUUGCGAAGUAGUGGUCAACGAGUGCGCCAGGGAUCCUUGCCCUCUAUUCAAGGUCUGCGUACCGGACUCGUCCGUGCAAGGAUAUUCAUGUCAAUGUCCCGAGGGAUUCGCCGGUCAGAUCUGCGACAUCGACAUCUCCAAGUGCCACGACGAAUCGUGCUACAUCCCGCGAAAUCCGAUAUCCUUCAGCGGCAAGAGCUACGCGCAUUACAGAAUCGACAAGGCGCUGAUACGGCAAACCAUCGAAGAUCGUUUAAGUCUAUCCUUGAGAAUCCGUACGGUGCAGCCCACCGGCAAUCUGAUGUACGCGGCCGGCAAGAUAGACUACAAUAUUCUAGAGAUCGUUAACGGCGUCGUGCAAUAUAAAUUCGAUUUGGGUAGCGGCGAGGGAUUGGUCAGGGUGAGCAGCGUGUACGUGAGCGAUGGACAGUGGCACGAGAUCCAACUAGAACGAGAGAGCAACGGUGCCCGACUCACCGUCGAUGGUAAACACAUUGCUCAUGGCUCCGCACCUGGGAUCAACGACAUCCUGAAUUUGCAAUCGGACGAUUUGUAUCUGGGCGCCGAGGUACGUCAGCAUCCGUCUAUCAUCGGCUUCGAGGACGUGCAACGCGGUUUCAUCGGCUGCAUGGACGACGUCAGGAUUGCCCGGGUGUCCGUGCCGCUGCACAUGAGUGGCGCCAGCAGCGUCGCGAUCUUCAAGGGUUUCAAGGGACAGGUCAAGUUCAGCUGCGACACAGCGACCAUCCUGAUGCCACCAGGUGUCUGCGGGUCGCAGCCCUGUCAGAACGGCGGUACCUGCAAAGACAUGGGCGGCGACAGUUACGAGUGCCAGUGUCACAGUCGAUUCACCGGUAUCGCCUGCGAAAUCGACACGGAUCCAUGCGCCUCGUCGCCCUGCCUCUACGGCGGCCGUUGUAAGAUCCUGCCGGAUGACGGCGACUACGUCUGCGAGUGCGUCGGGCCGAAUCUCAGCGGUAAACGCUGCGAAUACGGCAGAUAUUGCAAUCCGAAUCCGUGCAUCCACGGUGGCGUGUGCGAGGAAGGUAACAGCGGUCCGAUCUGCAAAUGUCAAGGUUUCACUGGCGAACGUUGCGAGACCGACGUCAACGAGUGCGACGCGAAGCCGUGCACGAACGGCGGCACCUGCAUCAACGAGAUCGGCACGUAUCGGUGCAUCUGUCCGCCGAACAUGACCGGUUUGAAUUGCGGCAAUCCGGCUUUCUCCACGCCCAUCAUAUCCAGUCACUUCAACAUCACGUGGCAGCAUCUCAUGUAUCUCGGCAUCGGGCUGUUAGCCAAUAUAGUGAUCGUCAUCGCAGUUUUCACCUGUCGGCGGAUGAAAAUGAAACGCACUAGAGCGCGCGCCAACAACAUCAACAACGAGACGCGGAAGCAGAUCGUCUUGAACUCCGCGAGACCGCACGAGCACGAGUUCAAGCGCAGUUCGAAGCUAAGCAAUCUAGAAGUCAUACAGAGAGAACCUCCCCAAUGCCCUCCCAGACCCGCCUCCUACACCCCCAGCUCCAACAACGAACCAGUCGCGUAUGGUAACUCGGCGGCGGUGGCUCUAAAUAACUUGGACACCCUGCGCAGCUACGGUAGCGCGGGCGACGAGCUAGAGAACUUUCCGCCGGAUUACCUACGUAAUCUUAAUCGCAGUACCCCUGUACCACCUCCGUCCUUAACCCUCGCUAACCCAGUCGGUGGGAACGCAGCUGGCAGCGACACGGACAGUCUUCACAAGCCCACUUGGCAAGAGCAGAUGCAGCUAGCCUCCUUCAUAACCGACACCGCCAAGAUCAAGAAUGACCUGAAACGAGCGAGCCCAGUGGUACCAGAGCUGACCACUGGAGGACUUCUACUAAACUCUUCUCGACGGGCGCCCCAUGCGGUUGGAUCUUCCGUCGUCUCUGUCACGUCCAUCGAGGAUGAUCCCCGCAUCGUCGGCGGGUAUCACUGGGACUGUUCAGACUGGGUCAGACGAAGUCAGAAUCCUUUACCCAAUAUCACGGAGGUACCCGGCAGCGAAGUGCCGGACUCGUCCAGUUUUCACAGCAAUGAGAGUAACGAAUCUAAUACUCAUCAGUUGCCAACAAUACACGGUCCGAUAGAUCCAACGAGGGACAUCGAAACCCUGAACGAGGAUCAGGAAUCUGAAUACGUCGGCGAUUCCGAAUGCGGGACCGAGUUCUCGGAGCAGUAUCACUGCGCGGAGACGCAACGUCUCAAUCCCCUGGAUAGCGGCGGCGAAGGGGAGUACAAGUACAAGAGCUCCGAGAGCUAUCUGCGUCAUCCGAAUUCGUAUCUACCACACUACAAUAUCCAUACCGACACCGAGAACGAGACGAAUCCGCUAAACGGCCGUCUCAGCACUCUCGAGUCCGACGAAGAAGACGACGUAGUGCCUUAUGGUUUUCCAAGCACCCGCAACCGUAACCGAUGCCACAAGGUGGUCGAGGACGACGAGAUCGGUUCCGUCAUCACCACGUUGGAGGAGAGAAACUCGCUAUUGGGCGGCGCGACGAGCAACAGCGAUCUCUCCACGAAUCUGUGCGAGAUCGACGAUUCCGAGUACGAGAUCGCGGAUCAGAAGAGCAACGGGCGCCUGUGGCUGUCAGGGAACGGCAUCACGCAGACCUCGGUGUGACAAAUCAAGUUAAACGAGGAUAGACUCGAGCGUGCGGGAGCGUGUUUCUCUGUGCUUCUACGAUCGAGACACGCGGAUGUCUGUGAAUACGCAAUUUUGUACAUAAGUGUUAUAUCGCCGAUAAGAUAUAAGACAGUCUGUACAGGCAGCUCUAUGAAUAAAUAAGGUACCGGUAUGCGAGCGAAAUCGACGGCGGUGUAUUUCGACACAUAUACAGUAUAUCGUCGCGAAAGGAUAUCACGCCUGAAAAAUCUCCCUCCUAUACAGGUAGAGUUCAAGCAUCAGCGUACUUAAUCCUGCAAACUAAUCAUGAGGAUAGUCGUUAUACGUCUUACACUCGCUGUAGCAGUGCGUGCAUUACGUCAUAUCGAACAUCUGAUUUUUAUUUUAUUCAUUUUUUAUAUUUUGACUUUAUCAGAUACACG